CUCCGUCUUGGUCUUGCUAAUUCUACUUCCAUUGUGACCGAGCUGUAUUUAAAAUGACGUCACUUCUCGUCCGCUGGAAGUGCAUGUAAGUUAAUACAUCAGCUGUAACCACAAACGGAAGGCUGCUUAUGCAACGGAAAUCGGGUGCAUUCCAGCUGAGCAAAUGACGUCACGUUUCAGGGCUCCGGCUGAAAACCGAGUAGCGUUGUAUUUGCUUGGGAGUGAGCCCUGUAAACAAUGUCUUCGUGCAAGUUUGUUUGGUGAAACAUCCUGGGUGGCCUUUUUUGUUUUUAGCAAUGUUACGGAGAGCAAUUCGACUGAAACCGGGAGCAGAAGAUGACGGCGCAGAUUCUGGAGCGGAGACUGCAGAGUAGAUCAGACUGUAGUAAAAUGUCCUCCAUAAGCAGUGACUUCAUAGUUGUGGAGAGCCAGGAUCUGCUUUUGAUGACAAUGCACCUUCUCGCCAACCCUGGAGAGUCCUUCCUUCUGCAGCAGAGCCUUGACCUCCUGCUGAAGUGGGUGAGCCCAGACCUGCACCUGUUCCAUGUGUCCGAGCGUGCGACACCAGUGAAACACUGUGAAAAGUACUGCAGGAAGACCUUGCUGUACCCCUCCCUCUCCGUCAUCCUCUUCCUUCACGAGGACUUCGGAGAGGAGCGGAUAUUUCAGCUCCAGGACUUCUUCCAGCGCCCGCCGUGGCAGUACCAUCACAGUGAAAGCGCCAGCGGGAAAAUCCUGCCUUACCUGCUCUCCAGUCAGGAUUUUUACAGUCUGGAUACCCACAUGCCUGUCUGGGCAGUACGGCAGGUCCACUACGGAAACGAGAUCAUCCGCGUUACCCUGUACUGCAGUUACGACAAUUACGAAGACACGGUGCGAAUGUAUGAGACAAUCCUACAGAACGAGGCGAAUGCUCAGAAGAACGGCUUCUGCUAUUUCACUUUGUAUACGGACAAGUCAUUGAGCAUUCAGCUGUCCUUGAAACAGCUGUCACCUGGGGUUUCUGUUGAUCUGAAGGAGUCCGCUGUCCUGCAGUUUAGGAUACAAGAGAUCGGCCAGCUAGUGCCUCUUCUACCAAACCCCUGUGCUCCAAUCAGUAGUACGAGAUGGCAAACUGAAGAUUAUGAUGGAAACAAAAUUAUUUUUCAGGUAAAGGGAAACUCACAAUCCCAUCACAAAACAAGCUCAGCUUUUCAAGUGCACAGCAAGCCUGUCUCCAUGAAUGCGCCGAGAAGCCUAAUGCCCUGCAAUUCGCCUGCUUACCAGGAGAAGUGGACCCCACUCCAUACAGAACGAGAGGCCAGUGGGGCGGUCCAGAGACCUGGAAAGCACAAGGGUGGCGGCUGUGGGAUAUCCAGUAAAAACGAAGGCUUUUGUUCUGAUAGCUGCUGCAGCACGCCGAGGAGCAGCUCCUGUUACUCCUCCCAGCGAAGCAGCCCUGCCACGCUAUCACAGUGUGAGCUCUCCUGUGAACGCAGAAACACACUGUCGUCUGGGUACAAGCUGCACGAUUCAAAGCUAAAGGCUCCAGAAGAACCGGAAACUAAUGUUGAUACAGGGUUUGCAGUGGUAAGCCCAGAAACAAUUGCCGGCCACGGUACAUGCCCCCUUAAUGGGUUUUCGAAGGACUUGUUUAAAAGUCUGCCUGAUCCGAGGACAUGCACAGGUAACACAGCAGUGUUAUCCACCACCGGGUCGCUGUCCAGUACAUCCUUGAUCAGCUCUUCAGUUUCUCCAAGAACUCACAAGCCUUCUCCAUCUGCUUGUAUAGGAACAAACCAGGAAAUAGCACUUCAUCAGAUCCAAGCAAAACAUCUGAAUGUAUUGGAAGACGAAUUCUUUAUCUAAUCUCCCCCCCCCCCCUUCCUGUUAUUUAAUAUCCCCAAUUUUAAAGGAUCCAUACUCUGUAAACUUCUGAGAAUGUUUGCACUAUGUAUGUGUGUGUGUGUGUGUGUAUGUGUGUAUAUAUAUGUGUGUAUAUAUAUGUGUGUAUAUAUAUAUAUAUAUAUAU